AUGACAAAUUCUACGUCGGAAUAUAAAUUACCUUACAAAAUAAAGCCAUUGCUGAAGCCGUACGAUGCAAAAACUUAUGCAUUUGGUUGCAUACAUGAAUUUUUACGUAUAUUAAUGGUCAUUUCCGCUAAUAGUGGUACUGAUUGUUUAUUGGCUUCUAUUGGUUUUCAUCUUAUUGGUCAAUUAGCAAUAUUGAGAUGUAGAGUAAAAGAAAUUUUAAAGGAUAUUGAUGGUUCUCGAUAUGGAAUUCAUAAAAUGAUACUUCGACAUCAUAGUUUGAUAAGAUUAGCGGAUAUAUUAGAGGAUAGUUUUAACAUCGUCAUUUGUCAACAAUUAUUAAGUACAACUAUUCAAAUUUGUAUGUCAAGUUAUCAAAUACUUUCCAGUUUAGCUGUAUUAGAAGGAAUCGGUAUAUUAACGUUUGCUAUAUACGUUUUCGUUUUAUCGAGCACAUUGUUCACUUAUUGUUACAUCGGUGAAUGUCUCAUCGAGGAAAGCACGAACUUGUGCGAGGCGCUUUAUCAUUGCGACUGGUACGAGUUAUCAACGAUCGAUAUGAAAUCGAUUUAUAUAUGCAUGAUGCGUGCUAGAAAACCACUACGAUUGACUUGCGCGAAGUUUUGCAUUGUUUCCUUACGCACUUUUACCGAUAUAAUGAAGACAUCAAUGGCAUAUUUAUCAGUAUUACGAACAUUUAUGUAA